AUGGCUUCUGAGAGAGAUAAGGCAAUAUUGAAUAUGAUUAUGAAUCCUUUAAUGCCCACAGGGAAUGUUGCGGAAGAAGUUGAACCUCAAGAUGAAGGUAAGCUAACACUAAAUGUACCCUAUAAGUAGAAAAAUGAAUAGAAGAUAAUUUAAAGUAAAAAAAGGAGAUAAUUUAAAUGAUGACCUCAUAGUCAUCAUUGAAAUUUACUAGUCCGCCCGGAAAGUCGCUGGACAUUUUUGGCGUUUGCACUCAAUAACGUUAUAGAUUACUCCCAGUUGGAAGGUUUCAAAGACUCCCAAUCACGAGAGAUCGAAGGAAUUCGACUGUCCGAAGAGAAGAAACAUGAGGAAGCUCUUCAAAAAUUCGACGAGGCCAUCAAAAUCUGCCCGAAUAAUCCCUCCGCGUACAACAACAAGGCCCAAACUCUCCAGUUUUUGCGGAAACUAGACGGUGAGUCAUUGUUUAUGUUUGGGCAGUUUCAUGGCCAAAGCAAACAAAUAAACAUUUUUUCUUUAUACUUUUAUGUGAAAUCAUCGAAUUCAGACUCCUUAUCAUAUCUAAAUAAGGCAAUAGAACUGAGCCAAGGGAAAGGAAAGACAGCUGCACAAAGUUUUGCCCAGCGGGCACUUAUACAUCGUUGCCAAGGAAGACCAGAUGAGGCCAAAGCCGACCUUGAGAAAGCGGCCGAACUGGGAAACAAAUUCGCGAAACUGGAGUUGGUCGCCUUGAAUCCCUACGCUGCAAUGUGUAAUCAGAUGCUUGGAGAUGUCAUGGAGAAGUUGAAAAACGGGAAUUAA